GCAGUAGAAAGUCAGUGACAGCUCUCAUCAGUGUGUGUUGUGCGUUUUUCUGGGGGUGUAAACUAUGGCGAAAUCUGAUCAGACAUUGCUAGUGCUAGUGAUGUGUAUAGCCGUGAUAGCAUGUUCAUGGAUGCCUACAUCCCACUGCGCCAAGAAACCAGUCGGAGUGGCGAGAAAAGAAGACAUUCCCUAUAUAAAAUGUCAAGUCUGUGAGAAGUUGGCAUCCCAAUUAUACCACCAGGUUCAAGCCAAACAAGCUGAGAUCUCACCAAAAAAGAUAUCGGAGUAUCAAAUCAUAGAAAUUGCGGAGAAUGUCUGUAAUCUGAAGAAAAAAGAAGCUGAUUGGAUCCUUAAAAUUGAUAUUGUGGAGAAAGGGGAUAAAUUGGAGCUCGUCGAACACGACUCUGAAGGACAAUGUAGUUCAGAAUGCAAAACGAUAGAACGAGCUUGUCAAGAGGUUUUGGGUUAUGCUGAUACUGAUAUUGCAGAAUACUUGUAUAAAAAGAAGCCCCAGCUUGAUUCUUUGGUGAAUUUCAUCUGCAAGGACCUUACAGAAGCAUGCAAUUCAAAGCCACCUCCGGUUCCUAAGGAUAGGACUCCUGGAGAACCCUUUGUUGCCAAGUCGGAGAAAGAGGCAGAAAUGGAGAGGCUACUGAAAUCCAUGGAGGGAAUGCCAGGAGCUCCAGGCAUGAAGAUGUACUCAAGGGAAGACUUGAUGAACCAAAACUUUGGCGACGAAGACGCAGAUGAUGACGACGACGAUGAUGAAGCAGAUCUUCCCAAAAAUUUGGGAAAAGUACUGAGGCAAAAAGAUGCUAAAAAGUACGACUGGAAGGAACGGAUUGUGACAGGAGUUCAGGAUGCGGGGGAGAAACUGAAAGGCCAUGCUGACAGAGUUUCGAACAAAAUAAGACGGUGGUGGAGAAGCAAGAAAACAAGCUGGGAGAAGAGUUCAAAGUCCGGUAAAGCAGAGCUAUAGAGUUCAACGGCCAAGGAAACAACACGGCCCCCCUCUGCUACCCUUGUACUUAAUCUGUGUUCGUAAUUUCAGUUUCUAGCAGCGCAACCAUACGGCUACGACACAAAACUUGUAUUUCUGGAGAACUCUCAAAAGCAACUUUUGGGUCCGCCCAUCAAUUUUGUAAUCUGUCAACACUCUUUGCAUCAACCACUUAGCACCAACUGAAUGCCACAUUAUUCCUGGUUUGACCA